AUGGAAGGAAUAAGUACUCUAGAAAAUUGUUUUGAUACGAAUUGGAUAAGUAGUUCGAAUGAAGCGGUUAAAAUUAGGUUUGUUCAGCCAUUAUCAGAAUCAGAUAAUGAGCAUGACGAAACCAAAGUGUUAGAAUUUUCACCUGAAUUUACUUACCCAAUAUUUGGUGACAAGGAACAAAUUUUUGGAUAUAAAAAUUUGUCAAUUAAGUUAUAUUACGCGUCUAGUAGCCUGACAACGUAUUUUGAUGUAACAUAUGACAAAAAGUCUCCAUUAGCUGAUAAUGUAGUAGAAAGGAUCAAAGAAUUCAUACCUUAUGAUCCAAGUGACAGAUUUCAAGAAAUUCGUGAUAAAAAUGAUAUACGAUUUUUGAGAGAAGAUAAGGCUCUUGAAGGUCUCAAGGCUCCUGUAGACAAGAAUGUAUUUAAUGAAUUGCAAAAAAAAUACAAAUUAAAUAAGAGACAAAUGGCAAGAUGUGUAGAAAUUGAAUUAUUACGGAAUCUAAACAAGACAGAUCCCGUUGCUUACAAGGCAUAUCGGUUACAAGUCAAACAACGGUUGUAUCUGUGGAAUGAGGAUAUAUUGAGACAACUUGACAGAGCAGAACGUAUACUAAAAUUAGAAGAAACUUUCAAAGGUCUUGAGGAAGAUUAUCACUCAAUCAUACUACAAUU